AUGGGUAGAGGGAAGAUUGUUAUCCAGAGGAUCGAUGAUUCGACGAGUAGGCAAGUCACUUUCUCCAAAAGAAGAAAGGGUCUCAUAAAGAAAGCUAAAGAACUCGCUAUUCUCUGCGAUGCAGAGGUGGGUCUCAUCAUUUUCUCCAAUACCGACAAGCUCUAUGACUUUGCCAGCUCCAGUAUGAAAUCGACUAUUGAACGAUUCAACAAGACCAAGAUGGAGCAGCAACAACUAUUGAACCCUGCGUCAGAAGUUAAGUUUUGGCAGAGAGAGGCCACAACUCUAAGACAAGAACUGCACUCAUUGCAGGAAACUCAUCGAAAACAAAUGGGACAUCAAUUAAAUGGUCUGAGCGUUAAGGAGUUGCACAAUAUAGAAAGCCAACUUGAAAUGAGUUUACGUGGAAUUCGUAUGAAAAAGGAACAAAUUCUGACCAAUGAAAUCAAAGAACUCACCAGAAAGAGGAAUCUUGUUCACCAUGAGAAUCUUGAAUUGUCGAGAAAAGUACAAAGGAUUCAUCAAGAAAACGUCGAGCUACACAAGAAGGCUUAUGCAGUGUCAAUCAGAAAUGAAUUGGGAACUCGUGAUAUUGAAGAUACAGCCGAUGAAUCCCAUGCUCAGGUUCGGCUGCAGCUAAGUCUGCCUGAGCAAUCCCAUUAUGAGACCUCAACAAAUAGCUAA